AUGAAUGGUGUCCUACAUUAUAUAUUAUUAACUAUUUUAAAUGUGGAAUUGCUAAUGGGAAAUUUAGGCAAUGCAUUCACAGUGGUAGUGAACAUUAUGGACUGGGUAAAGAGGAGAAAGAUAUGUUUCAUAGAUCAGAUCUUGACUACUCUGGCAAUUUCCAGAAUUUCUUUGCUUUUUUCACUAAAUGCAAAUCUAUUUGUAUCUGAACAGUUUCCGGUCAUAAGAAUAACUAGAAGAAUUGUGAAACAAAUUUGUAUUUUCUGGACAGCAACCAAUCAUUUCAGUAUCUGGCUUGCUACAUGUCUCAGCAUCUUCUAUUUUCUUAAGAUAGCCAGUUUCUCAAACUCUAUUUUUCUUCAUCUAAAGUGGAGAGUAAUAAAAAUGGUUUCAGGGGCACUGUUGGCAUCUCUGUUUUUCUUGUUUUUAAACAUUUUAGUCAUAAACACACACAUUAAUGUCUUCAUUUACAGCAUUGAAGCAAAUGAAUCCUUCAGUGUUAUCUCAAGUAAUUAUUCUCAAGUUCCUAGACUCGUUGUACUCACGAACACUAUGUUCACACUCAUCCCCUUCACUGUGACUCUGACCGUGUUUCUCCUACUCAUCUUCUCCCUGUGGCGACAUCUGAAGAACAUGCAAUACAAUGCCCAAGGGUCCAGAGAUGUCAGCACUGCGGCCCACAUAAAGGCUCUGCAAAUGGUGGUUACUUUUUUAUUACUGUAUACCUGUGUUUUCAUGUCACUUCUUUUACAGUUUUGUAACAUUAAAUAUAAGCAGAAAAAUUCAGUUUCUCUGCUUUUAUGGGCUAUUGGAGUUGCUUUCCCAUCUGGCCACUCAUAUGUCUUGAUUCUGGGAAACACUAAACUUAGACGGGCAUUUGUUUCCAUGGUGUGGUGGCUGAGGUGCAAGGCUCAGUGA